UACAAACAAAGCUCGUCAGUUUUUCUACAAUUAAUUAAGGGUUUGAAGAAAAUAUUUAUCAAGAACAAAUUACAAGAAGAUAGCAACCAUGGAGGACGAUUUUAAGGAAGAUAGAAGGGUUGAUGAUCCUGAUAGUUCGAGUCACAAGGAGGAGAAGGUUGGAACGAAAAGACAAUACAGUGAAAACGACGACGUAAAGCCAUCUUCUUCAUCAAAACAAAACAAUUUAAGCCACACCAAGCAGGAUGAUCAAGUACUUGAAUCAGCCAGAGCAGAAAUGGGAGAGGUUAGAGAAGAGAAUCAGAGGCUUAAAAUGCGCUUGGAUAGGAUAAUGAAGGAUUACCAGACCCUUCAAAUGCAAUUCCACGACAUUGUUCAACAUGAUCAUCAACCAAAGAAACUCACUACAAACCCUAACAAUCCUCAUCUAGAGAUCGAAGAACCUGAUCAGCUUGUCUCGCCAAGCCUCAGACGGUUUUCUUGCGAUGUAAGGAAGGAUGACGAGAAGAAGAAAAGCUCAAGCAUUGAGAAGAAUGCUAUUAGGGAGGAUCAUCAUGAACAAAUUGAUUAUCGAGAUGGAUUGAAUCUUGGACUGGGAUGCAAGUUUGAAGCAUCAAAGUCAGAUGCAAGUGAUCCUCCAAACAGUAGUUUUGAAGAACAACAAAAGGACGACGCCGCGGAUACUAAUUGGAUUCCUAAUAAAGUUCUCAAGACAAGUAAAAGUGUUGGAGGAGACGAUGAAGUUUUGCAACAAAACCCUGUCAAGAAAACUAGGGUUUCUGUUAGAGCUAGAUGUGAUGCCUCAACGAUGAAUGAUGGAUGCCAGUGGAGGAAAUAUGGACAAAAGAUCUCAAAGGGAAACCCUUGUCCUCGCGCUUAUUAUCGUUGUACUAUUGCACCAUCGUGCCCCGUAAGAAAACAGGUUCAAAGAUGUGCUGAAGACAUGUCAAUCUUAAUCACAACAUAUGAAGGAACUCACAACCACCCACUUCCAAUCUCCGCAACGGCAAUGGCUUCCACCACCUCUGCGGCCGCCUCUAUGCUAUUAUCCGGCUCAUCCUCCCGCUCCCAAGCCGGCCCCGGCCCUUCCACAACCGCAGCCGAUCUUCAUGGACUCAAUAAUUACUAUCAAUCAGCAGCUGAUGCAUACAAGUCCAGCCAAUUCUACAUUCCUGGUUCUUCAUUCUCAUCUUCAUCACACAAUUCACACCCAACAAUCACUCUUGACCUCACUUCAUUCCCACCAUCAUCAUUAUCAUCAUAUAAUUCACUCUCCCACUUCAAUAGAUUCUCUUCAAUCCCUAAAUUUUCUUCCACAAAUCUUAACUUUAGUUCCUCUGAAUCUUCCACAAUGCCAUGGAGCAACAAUGGGUCGUCAUUCCUCAGCUAUAAUAGGAACCAAAUUGGAUUUCUUAGUAAUAGUUACCAAAACUACAUGCACAAGAACAACAUUAAUCCAAUAAUAAGACCUCCUCCUCCCUCUCCUCAACAACAACAAUUCUUGCAAGAGAGUACUAUUGCCGCGGCGACUAAGGCAAUCACAGCUGACCCAAGUUUCCAAUCAGCAUUGGCAGCCGCUCUUACGAAGAUCAUCGGUGAUACUAACGGCGCGGAUCAAAGAGGCAAUAAUAAUGGAUGUGGAUUAACAACUUACUUGAACAAUAAUACAUCUUCAACUAAUCUUCAUCAGCCAGGAGGAGGUUUAUCGUUUGUGGCUCCAGCUUCACUCCCAUUUUCCAUCCCUAGGAGUUCAGCUGCUUCUAAGGCAGAAAAUGGAGACCAAACCAAUUGAUGGGUUUGUGGGUGCUCAUUGAUAUAUGUAAGAUAAAGAAUUAAUUAUGUGCAUUGGAUAUUUUCCUCUCUCUCUCUCUCUCUUUUUCCUUGAUUUUGUUGGGACAAAGUGCUUAAUUUGUUGAGUACAAGAUGUUGCUGUUUAAGUAAGAUAGGUUGAAAUCCACAUAGUUGAGGUUUUUUGUUUUUUUCAUCGUUGUAGAAUUAAACAGGUGCACAUGUAUAAGCUUGAGAUUAAGAUUUAUAUUCCUUCAUAA